CGCCAUUCACAGAGGCAUCUUUGCCGCCCGGAAAAGCUGGACUGAACACAAUGGGGGCAACUGAGCGCAUGUCGAAUGGCGAAGCCAAGAUUGUCGGACCGCAUCCAUCGACAAUCCGUGUCUCGGCUUCAUACAUCACGCAAGCCGCUAUCGACAAGAGACUGGCGCCCGAGGGGCUCGAUGCGCAGGAGAGGAGUCUAGCAGAGGCAAGAGAAGAUACCGUCAGGCUGCAGGGGGUUGCCUGGCUGGAUAAUGUACGCCGUGCCCUGCAACUGCCCGUCAAGACCUUCACCACGGCCGUCGUCUACUACCACAAAUUCCGACUUGCCCACCCAAAAGAGGACUAUCAGUGGAUCGAUGCGGCAGCUGCCAGUCUGCUGACGAGCUGCAAGACUGAGGAUACUUUGAAAAAGAGCAGGGACAUUCUGGCGGCUGCGUACAAUUUGAAGCUGCCAAACAACCAGGACCACGUUGCGCCAGAUGAUCCCAUGUUCGAGACACAUAGUCGGAUGGUCAUCGGCAUAGAGCGGCUGAUCUUGGAGAGCGGUGGCUUCGAUUUCAGGAGCAGAGCACCGCAUCACACUCUGGUCAAGAUUAGCAAGAGCUUGCCGUCGAGCCCGGAUGUGAAAGCCGUUUCGGAGCUGGCUUGGACGGUCCUGACGGACUUGCACCGCACUUUUGCACCUCUGAAGCAAACGAGCGCAACGCUAGCCCUGGCAAGUCUAGAGUUGGCUGCACACUUCACAGCUGCGACGUCGGAAGACAACACCUGCAUCGUACGCGACAACCUGCAGAAGCUCGACUUGGGCACAUGGUAUACCACACGCGAAGAAGUCAUGGAGACACUGCUGGAUGCUCUCGACUUGUACACACACCACACCGCCUCUUCCAUCCUCGGCACCAGAUACUCUCUCGACGAUCUCCUCCGUAUCCGCCUUGCUCUGAACAAGGAGUGCUCCGAUUCUAACCUGCCACGCUACACUAUGGUCCAGCCUCCUCCCUCUCCUGACAAUGUCACCGACCCGACCAUUACUCUGCGCGUGGCUGAUGGCCAUCCUACACCAAUCUCACCCCCACAGCCAGGGGCACAGGCACCUCAGCCAGUCAAUGCAUACAUCGCCACAAGCCAGCACACUCCACAGACCGACGGCACACUGCGCUUCAUGCUCAACCCGCAGCGGGCUACUGAAGAGCGAGUUGAAGUCAACCGCUAUUACACCGAAGAAUGGGAGGAGUAUGAGGAGGAGAUCGAAGUACCACUUCCAUACGAUUCCUCUCGUGAACGUGAUAGAGACCGAGAUCGAGACCGAGAUCGCGAUGCAUUCUCCAGGCGUGACCGCGAUCGUGGUCGAGAUAGUAGCCGUCCACAGGACGCCGAUGCCCGGCGAAAUGUGGACGAUCGCACUCACGACAGAAGAAGUGAACGUGACAAUGCUCGUGCUGCUGCUGCAACUACAAAAGAGCACAGAGUGGCAAGACAGCAGAUGCCGAGCACCAUGCUGCAGAGCGUUGUUCGUGCGCCUUCGCCAGCGCCGGAAAUCCUGUACCAGCCAGACGCCGAGAAGAACACUCAGCGAGACCAUGACAGAGAUUUCGACAGAGCCAGAGAUCGACCUAGGAGCCGUGACCGGGAUCGGAGACACGAUGAUCGUCGACACGAUGACAGGGACAGAUACGACUCGAGGAGAGAGCGUGGCAGCCGAGACGACAGAGACCGAAACAGUGGUGGUGGAAGCAGGCGGCACUAUGACGACGAUCGUAGACGUGAGCGGCGUUGAAGCUGUUCACCUUGUGUGAUGAUCGACUUGAAGAAAUACCUGUUACAGCUGGGAGCUGGAUCAUACAGGUUGUAGAUAAUACCGAGCAAAUGACUCGAACAGCCUCUGUAGCAGCCUUUGCGACAGGGGCGGUAGCAUUUGCGUCGUUCUUUUCGGCUGGCUAGCCUACUGCAUUUCGUGGGGAGCGUGGGGAGAAACCUGCGGUGAAAAGCCACCAGGUAUCAGAUGGUCGGAAAAAAGCUACUAGAGCCCAAGGGGCAAUAAUGUUUAAAUGUUCUCUGGCAAGCUUGACCAGUAGUCGAUCAAAGCGCACAGCGAGUGGAGCAAGUCGGAGAAUGAUUUGCUGUUGGUUCUAAAGCGGAGAAUCGAGGUAAAAGAAUUACUUGACCUCAUAACAGCAGUUUGUUUUUAAGGGGAGGGGUUGAUGCCAGAUAGUAUCUGGCGGUCUGACCAUCUCAAAGCUGAGCUAUCUUGGUAUCCCGCAUAGUUUGCAUACACUGCCCGCCCACUCUUUGCCAAACUCACUCAACGUCCGCAUCAUUCCCAUUCUCAUCCUCGUCGCCGGAGAGGAGAGGAUCCUCGAAAUCCUUAUCCAGGAUACCGUGUGGCACGAUCGCGCCACCCUUGGUCAUGAGCUUCUUCCACUGGCGCUGGAGGAUGAUUGGAAGGGCAGUGUGGUCUGCACCACCCUUCGAGACGAGGAGGUUCGCAAUCAACGUCCACUUCUGCGCCUGGAAGGAGUCUUCGAUCUCGCGCUUAGUCUGGAUUAGCAAGGCGUUGUCUUCUUCGUUGAGGAUAGCGAAAUUGGUCCUACACAAUUUUAGUUAGGAUGCUCCUCAUUUUUCUCCCCAAGGCCGAUGCAUGUUUUCUCUGCAUGUCUGGAAGCGAGAGAAGACACGGACGGGGUUGCUUACUUGAUUCUGGCGUAUCGGUUUGGCAGAGUGCUCUGGGCUGUAGCCUCGCCCGUCAAGCGCUUCCACUCAGCCUUGAUGGGGCCCCAGUCCUUCUUCUCGUCUCUCCAGGAAACCAGCAUCCUAUCAGCUUCGUCGCAUGACUCAUAGGUUCUCGGAAUCAGGCGUGCAGCCGUGGUCUUGCCCUUGAAUUGGCGCUUCUUCUUCUGCUGUGGCGGCAAUGUGUCCACCACAGCGUUGGAUACGGCGUCGGGUGUGGCGGCCGCCUUCUCUUUGCCCUUACCCUUCGACUUCUGGGCGCCGGGAUCGUCACCGGCGGCCUUGCGCUUUUUCCCUGCGCUCUUGCCAGCUCGCUGGACAGGCUUAUCGAGACCUGGGCCAUCGAAGUGGUUUCUGGUGAUGUUGGCAGGCGUCUUUGUGAAGAUGCUUUUGUCGCCACCGGAGACGAUCGUCAUCUCCGAGUUGAACGGAUUCUUGCCGCCAUCGCUUUGCGCCUCGCCGCUGGGCAUGUUGACGGCGCGGUGCUGUCGUUGGUAAAGAGAUGGGGUGUCGUUGGUGAAGAGAUGGUGUUGUUGGUGAAGAGAGGUGUUGUUGGUGAAGAGAGGUGUUGUUGGUGAAGAGAGGUGUUGUUGGUGAAGAGAGGGUGUUGUUGGUGAGGAGAGGUUGUCGAGGAGAUUCUGAGUGAGAGAGGUUUGUGACGACGCCGAGUAAGUUUAAGUGAAAUCUGGGGCAAUUUGCAUAUGGCAACGCGUUUUCAGGGGCCCAAUGCGGAAAGAUCGAGUGAAUGAUGAUGUGGGUCACAUGCGUAGAUGUGCAUAAACCGGUUCUCUACUUUUUGGAUUACCUGCGCCGCGACACCGUCGUAAAAGACAUACAUAUUCCAUGGACUUAGCUGACAGAGAAAUCAACGCGUGAAACAGACUGCCUGCGCCGGUCGAUGGGAGUCGAGUGAGGAUAGAAAAG